UCCUGGCAGACGCGGAAGCGGCUGUGGAGGGGAAGGUGGCGGUUCCCUGAGGAGGUGUCUGUGCUUUAAAGCCGCUGCUCUCCGUCCCCCUCCCCGCAGGGAAGGCUGAGGGCGCUGCGGGCGCUGAAGUCCGUGGUGAGGUCCCCGCCCCGGAGCCCCUCACAGCGGUCCUUCUGACUGAGUGUGAGGUGAGCUGAUGAACAGGCUGUGUGGUCACCUUUGAAGGCACAUUCUGUGACUCCUCAACAUACUGUCACCUGAGGAAACAGCCCAGACCCCAUCAGGACCAGGACCACAUGGCUGCUCCUCAGGGACCGUUGACCUUCAGGGAUGUGGCCAUAGAUUUCUCUCAGGAGGAGUGGGAGUGCCUGGACCCAGCUCAGCGGAAGUUGUACCUGGAUGUGAUGUUGGAGAACUACAGCAACCUGGCCUCCCUGGCUAUGUCAUCUACAGAUAACCAGGCCUUUAUGCCAAACCCCGGAAUAGAAGUUUUAUUCCCUGAAAUAAUACUGAGUACACAUAAUGGAGGUAGCAGUUAUCAAUGGAUUGAACAUUUGAAAAACUUUAAGCAAGAGUCACAUCUUAAUCAUCGGACAAGUGAGCUUGCAGAGGACCAUUAUAAAAGUGGAAAAGUGUUUGAGCAAAUGUCCAAUCACAACAUACAUCAGGUUAUUCCUAUUGUGGAGAAGACACACAAAGGAAGUCAAUGUUUCAAGUGUUUUCAGCAGUCUUCAAAUUGCAAUGAACAAGAGAAUAUUCAUACUGGGGAGGAGGCUUACAAAUGGAAUUCAUGUGGGAGAGUCUGCAGUCAAAUAACCAAUCAAAAUAGACACAAAAAAAUCUAUAGUGGAGAAAAACCUUAUAUAUGUAAAGAUUCUGGUAAGACAUCUAUUUGGCCUUUAGGUUGCACUCUAAAUCAAAUAAUUCAUCCUGGAGAGAAGCCUUACAAAUGUAAAGAAUGUGGCAAAGCCUUUAAAUGUCAUUCAUCUCUUGUUGUACAUAAGGGAAUAAUUCAUACUAUUGCAGAACUUAACCAACUCAGGGAAAAUGGACAAGGCUUUAGUCAGUCCUCAAGACAUAUUCAACAUCAUAGAAAUCCUAGGGAAGUAAAGUGUUAUAAGUGUUCAGAAUGUGGCAAAGUCUUUAACAGACCCAUAUCCCUUAGUGUUCAUCAGAGAAUUCAUACUGGAAAGAUGCCUCAUGAAUGUAGAGAAUGUGGCCAACCUUUUAUAAGUUCCUCAGCUCUUACUAAGCAUCAGAGAGUUCAUACUGGAGAAAAGUCUUAUAAAUGUAGAGAAUGUGGCAAAGCCUAUAGAUGGUCCUCACAACUUAAUAUGCAUAAAAAACUUCAUUCUGGAGAGAGGCCACAUGAAUGAAGAGAAUAACAAAAGCCUUAUAAGUGUUCAGAAUGUGGCAAAGCCUUUAGCCAACCCUCAAACCUUACUGUUCAUCAGAGAAUUCACACUGGAGAGAAACCUUACAAAUGUAGAGAAUGUGGCAAAGCCUUUAUUAGGUCCUCAAACCUUGGAUAUCAUCAGAGAGUUCACACCGGAGAGAAGCCUUAUAAAUGUAUAGAAUGUGACAAAGCCUUCAUCCAGUCCUCAGACCUUAGGAUUCAUCAGAGAAUUCAUACUGGAGAGAAACCAUACAAAUGUAGAGAAUGUGGCAAACGCUUUAGUAGCUCCUCAAAACUAAUUAUACACCAGAGAAUUCACACAGGAGAGAAGCCUUAUAAAUGUACAGAAUGUGACAAAGCCUUUAUCAGCCAUACAUGUCUUAUUAAACAUAACCGUAUUCAUACUGGAGAGAAACCAUACAAAUGUGGAGAAUGUGGCAAAGCUUUCAGCCAUUCCUCAUCCUUUACUUAUCAUCAGAAAGUUCAUAUUGGAGAGAAGCCUCAUAAAUGUAGAGAAUGUGGCAAAGCUUUUAAUUAUUCCUCGUCUCUUACUAAUCAUCAGAGAGUUCAUACUGGAGAGAAGCCUUAUAAAUGUAGAGAAUGUGGCAAAGCGUUUAGCCACUCCCCAUCCCUUAUUAAUCAUCAGAGAGUUCACACUGGAGAGAAGCCUUAUAAAUGUAGAGAAUGUGGCAAAGCUUUCAGCAAUUCUUUAUCCUUUGCUAAUCAUCAGAGAGUUCAUAUUAGACAGAAGCCUUAUAAAUGUACAGAAUGUGGCAAAGCCUUUAACUAUUCCUCAUCUCUUACUAAUCAUCAGAGAGUUCAUACUGGAGAGAAGCCUUAUAAAUGUACAGACUGUGGCAGAGCCUUUAACUAUUCCACAUCUCUUACUAAUCAUCAGAGAGUUCACACUGGAGAGAAGCCUUAUAAAUGCAGAGAAUGUGGCAAAGCCUUUAGCCAGUCCUCAAGCCUUGGAUAUCAUCAGAGAGUUCACACUGGAAAGAAACCUUAUACCAGAGAGGAGGGGAGGGACAUAGAAACAUCAAUCAGCUGCCUCCUGCACACCCACCACUGGGGAUGUGCCCGCAACCAAGGCGCAGAGAGUGCAAGGCUCUCUAAAAGGCUCCAGCAAAUGAAAUACAGCGUCUCACAAGGAGAAACAGUUUGAAGGCAAGUUUUUUCCCUGCCACUGAGCUUUUUUCAAAUUUUGA